AAAAGACUUGUUGGCGCAAGCAUGGAGAGCUGACGGAUUCGUUCACGAAUUCCCAUGGAGCUGUCCAUUUGCCCCACAACUGAGAGGAGGAGCCUGCUGCGCUUGCGCUUGCAACUGGCGGCAGAGUGUGAUGACGGUAUCUUAUGCAGGAAGGUGGUCUUGGCAGUUCCAGCAGGUCUCAGCUUUGUUUCCGAUCUGAUGCACUACAUUUACCGUUACUUUCAACUGCCAUUGAAACCACUUGCGAUUUCUGUACAAGGCUUUGGACUUUUGCCUGCCCAGCGAUUAGAGGAUGUGCUUCGGGAUGGCGAUCUCAUUUGGGUCAGACCUGCGCAGCGAAGGCCAUCCAAGCAGAAAGCUUUGCCACAAGAUCAUCCAGUAGAGCAUAUCCCAGCAUUGGAAGACCCUGAAAGAAAGCUGACAAAAAGCCAAGCAAGUGCUGACCUUCCAGAGGCCACAGGGACGUUUGAUGCAGAGCAAUGGAGGCAAAUGGCCAGAGCACCUUUGCCAGGAGAGGUGAUUCGGUAUCGCUUGCAAGAUGGAGAGAACUUGACAGAUCCAAAGGUUGCUGUGUGUAUCGGUGCUGGUAUAGCAGCUGGCCUUUCGCAGGUAACUUUGCAAAGCGGAGAGGAUGUGUUCACAACUGCCGUGAAUGCCUUGCAUGACCUUUAUCUUGCCAAAGUCGGAGUUGAAGAAACAGUCCCUACACCUGCAGCUUUGCCAUCAAGGACCAACUUUCCCAACAAGCUGAAGGCUGAACAAUUGCGAUGUGCGAUUCGACGCCAGUUUGAGUUCUACUUCGGAGAUGUGAAUUAUCCAAAGGACAACUUUCUGCGAUCCCAAGCAGACGACGAGGGAUGGACUCCUUUAAGAUUCCUAGAGACAUUUCAGUACACUUCUCUUCUCGAAAGGAGAGCAGACAUGUAUCGUUCUAAAAAGGACUGCCGUGUUUCGAAGCUGAGGACUUGUGUCGAAAUUCAAUCGAGUGCGCGAGCUCACCUUUGACUUGGACCUGAUCAGAUCUUGUUUGGCGCCUUGUUUCAGAGAAACUGACGAGUGGGGGUGUUCCAUUCUGAUUGUUGAACAUGACUUUUCUUAAAUGGCAACCAGACAUCAACCAGGCAGAAUCAAACAGUGUUGAAUUAUCAGACUGCCAAGACUACAUUCGGCAAGCCCAAGAGGAAAAUAUAAGAUAAGGUCCUGUUUAAUUGCUUUCAUGCAUAUUAAUAGGAUUCUGACAAGUUAUGUGCAAAUAUUGUUUCAUUGAUCGUUCACUGGCUUUGCCUUGGGUUUUCCUUUGGCUGUGGGGGUCUGAGGGCAAGGUUAUGUUCGCGUGACGCUGCCCUUCCACUGAUAGCACAUGUCAUUGUGCCAUUUGGUCAAUCUCUGCG